GAACAUUGUAGGCCCGUACGAUGUAGUUUUAAAUUUCAGAUCCGGUAAGCACUGUUCAAAGUAGAUAAUCUCGGGAAAAUUUGGGCACGGCUUUUGACCAAUCAACAUACCGCCAUCACCAUAUUUGUAUCCUGUAUAUUAUCUUUCUGCAGUUCUUGAAUCUGGUAUCACAUAGACAACACAAAAUUUUAUCUAAUCAUCAGAGUCCAUGGAGACCAAACAGAGUAUACCUCUCCUCACACCUUAUAAGAUGGGACCCUUGAAUCUUUCUCACAGGGUUCUUCUGGCGCCAUUGACGAGAUCAAGAUCGUAUGGUAACAUUCCUCAGCCUCAUGCCAAGUUAUAUUACACUCAGAGAACAACACCUGGUGGUCUUCUUAUUUCCGAAUCUUGUGUAGUGUCCCAGACAUCAUUGGGUUAUCCGGAUAUACCUGGAAUAUGGACCAGAGAGCAAGUGGAAGCGUGGAAGCCCAUCGUGGAUGCUGUUCAUUCGAAAGGCGGCAUCUUCUUCUGCCAGAUUUGGCAUGGUGGAAGGGUUUUUCAUCAAGACCAGGCAAAUGGAGAAGCUCCUGUCUCCUCUACCGACAAGCCAUUGACGUGCAAGAACAUGUAUGGAGGUCAGUUUAUACCUCCAAGGCGGUUAAGGACCGACGAGAUUCCCGCCAUUGUCAACGACUUUAGAAUUGCUGCAAGGAAUGCGAUGGAAGCUGGCUUUGAUGGAGUGGAGGUUCAUGGCGCACACGGUUACCUGAUUGAUCAGUUUCUAAAAGACAAAGUGAAUGACAGAAGCGACAAAUAUGGUGGGUCAAUAGAGAACCGCUGUAGAUUCGCUCUGGAAGUAAUCGAAGCAGUGGUGAGUGAGAUCGGUUCAAAUCAUGUAGGAGUCAGACUCUCGCCAUUCGCAGAUUACAUGGAUUCCGGAGACUCGAAUCCCGAAGCAUUAGGACUCUACCUGGUGGAAGCUAUGAACACGCAUGGAAUCCUUUACUGUCACAUGGUUGAACCUAGAAUGAAGACCCUUGAAGAAAGCUUCGAGUGCACGGAAUCGCUUACGCUGAUGCGAAAUACCUUCAAAGGCACGUUCAUAGUAGCCGGAGGUUAUUCUAGGGAUGAUGGGAACAAGGCGGUGGAAGAGGGAAGAACCGAUCUGGUGGGUUAUGGACGGACUUUCCUGGCGAAUCCUGAUCUGCCGAGGAGAUUAGAACUCAACGCGCCGUUGAAUAAGUACGACAGAUCGACGUUCUACACUUCUGAUCCUGUGGUGGGAUACACAGACUACCCUUUUCUCGAGACCACAGACACAACUUCUUAAGGGGUUUCUUGAAAUGUAUAAUUUGCAAAACAUAAUUGUUAAGCACACAAUCUCUAAUUCUCGAAGUUGUAUCAUUUCAGGAACGAAUGAUCACAAUAUGGAACCAAAAGAAUGGGUUCCAAAAUUUAUAUCCAAUGUCAAUUGCUUCAACAAAA